CCAUUUCUCGUAACUCGUAGUUUGCAUUACUUGGCUGAGGAUUGUAAGGAUGCAUGGCCAUUAGGGGCUGCUGCUGUUAAAACUGCAUUUUAUGUUGAUGACCUUUUGUGUGGGGCUGAUGAUAUAGAUACACUCUUCAAACUAAAAACUGAAAUCACAUCAACUCUCGCUCGUGGUCAGUUUCCAUUAUGCAAGUGGCAUUCAAAUCAUCCAGGCGUGAUGGAAGACGAAUCUACCAAGGAAUUAAACAUUUCAGAAAACUCAGUCAGCAGCACACUCGGCGUAACUUGGCAUCAACGAAGUGAUGCAUUUAGUUUCACAUUUAAUCCAAAGGAAGUGGGAUACACUACCACAAAACGAACAAUUUUGUCUACUGCGUCGUCGCUAUUCGAUCCAAUCGGUCUGCUAUCACCGUUAGUCAUUGUCUCUAAGAUCGUUCUUCAGGAGUUGUGGCUUUUGAAACUCGACUGGGACGAGUCUGUCCCCCAGAAUUUAAGCCACGCAUGGAGCAAGUGUUUGGAAUCGCUGAAUUCACUGUCGUCACUAGCGGUACCUCGUUUUUGUUUGCAUCCUGAUACUAGGAGCAUUCAAAUACAUGGAUUUUGCGACGCAUCGAUUCGGGCAUACGGCUGCUGUGUUUAUGUGCGCACGGAGAAUUCGCUUGGACAGGUCACAGUGAAAUUGUUCACUUCUAAGUCUAGAGUAGCACCAGUGAAGAAACAGUCUUCCGAAGCUUGAACUAUGCGGCGCACAUCUACUUUCUCAGUUGUAUAACAAAGUCAAGGCCAUAUUCAGUAAACACACUAUCACAUCUUAUUUUUGGAGCGACUCACAGCUCGUAUUGCAUUGGCUGCAACAACACUCAGUCACCUUAUCGACCUUUGUUGGAAAUCGAGUGUCCGAUAUUCAGGAUUUAACGUCUGAUGGAAAAUGGCGCUAUGUGCCAACACAUCAAAACCCUGCUGAUAUUCUGUCGCGAGGCUGUAACGUGAGCGAGUUGAUUAAGUCUCCAUGGUUUUCGGGUCCUACGUUUCAAGUCGAAGAUUCACUAAACUGGCCCGCCACUGGUGGAAAACUUGAUAUUGACAUGGACGUGGUUAACUCGGAGAAUCGGAAAAGUUUGUUUGCUGCCGUACACGAGACAAAUAACAUCCUCAACAUCGUCGAUAAUAUCAGCUCGUACACUCACAGUCUGCGUCUCAUUGCUUGGAUGAUUAGGUUCAUAAGGAGAUGUCGGAAGCAAUCGACGUUCACCACAACCUCACCGACGCCAGAUGAACUUCGUUUUGCUUCACAUUGCCUUAUUUGGAACAUUCAACAAACUUAUUUUGUAGAGGACAUCCGUUUACUUCAGAAGCAAAAACCAUUAAAAAGCAGCUUAAAGUUUCUUACUCCCUUUUUAGAAGUCGUGAACGGAUUCGAACUUAUCAAGGUUGGUGGACGUUUGGAAUACUCAGACCUACAAGACGGUCAAAAACAUCCGUUGCUGCUGCCUAGUCAGUCCAAAUUUGUAUGGAACUAUAUUCGCCAUUUGCAUCUUCGGAACUAUCACGCUGGACCUAAAGCCCUAGUCGCUCUCAUUCGUUUGGAGUAUUGGAUCGUUAACGCCAGAGACUUGGCACGUAGAAUUGUUCGCUCCUGUGUACACUGCGUUCGCUACAGACCGAAGCUGCUACAACAACUCAUGGGCUCAUUACCGCCUACGCGACUCGCUCCGGCUCGACCCUUUGAACGCUGUGGAGUUGACUUUUGUGGACCCAUCAACACAUAUCUACGCAUUCGAGGAAAGGGACCUACAAAAGCAUACAUAGCCGUGUUCGUUUGCCUUCUCACCAAGGCCGUUCACAUCGAAGUAGUCUCUGAUUUGUCAACAAAGGCGUUCUUAAACGCAUUGAAACGGAUGGGAGGUCGUCGCAAGCUGCCGACAGACAUCUUCUGCGAUAAUGCCACUAACUUUGGCACCUCAUUUCGGAGGCCUUUGGGAAGCGGCAGUCAAGGGUGCAAAGGGGCUGUUAAAUCGUACGCUGGCCAACACCAGGUGCACCUUCGAAGAGUUGAGCACUGUCGUCGUCGAGAUAGAAUCGAUCCUCAACUCGCGCCCGCUAUCGCCGCUUUCGUCAGACCCAAAUGACUAUAGCACUCUCACGGCUGGUCAUCUCUUGGUUGGCGAAUCAUUGCGAUCACUACCUGAAAGGUCCCUCGAGAAUAUCAAGCUGUCAAGUAUGGACCGCUACGAUGCGAUUACGGCCGUCAAGCAACGGUUUUGGAAGCAAUGGUCUGCUGACUAUGUCAACGAAUUGCGAUCGCGCACGAAGUGGACAGCACCCUCAACGAACCUCACCGAGGGCACGUUGGUCGUCAUCCAUGAGGACAACCUGCCACCGCUACGCUGGAAACUAGGCCGAGUGCAGUCUACUGUGCUUGGGAAGGAUGGACUUGUACGGGUGGUGCACCUCCGCACUGCAAAUGGAACAUGUUGCAGGCCAAUACACAAGUUGGCAAUUCUUCCGGUGGUUUGAAAGCAGUCCUUCCAACGGGGCCGGGAUGUUCGGUCAAACUCCUUUAAGGAACAAGUAUUCAAAUGACCCUCGUAAAAUAGAGAGCCUACGCUCACUUUUUGUAUUUACUCUCACCAUAAUUGUACAAAAUUC